AUGGUAUAUUUCCUCUUUGUGCGGCAGCUGGAGAUCUGGAUGACUGCCAGGCUCUUGCGAAGUCCUAUCUUCCACCAGAUGGUUGGCAAGGUUCAUCAACGUGUGCAGCAAGUUCGCCAUGGUAUCCCUCCGGAACCGUCGCGCACCUCGCUCGAGAGUGAUCAAGAUCUUGGCUUGAAGAAAUUCGUCAACUAUUUCAAGGAAGAGAUCAAAGACCAGAUGAAGGGCAAACCGCCCAACAAGCUGUGA